AUGGCCACCACCCCGCCGACCGCUCAGGAGGUUGAAGCCGUUCUUGCCAAACGGGCGGCAGCUCAUACCAAGCCGACCGAUGAAGACCUUCGUCCGAUCUACUACUACCUCCGCUCGACCUUUGUAUCGGAUCGUAAUGAGGGCUCUUCCACCUCAGCUACUCAGGCUCCGCACUGGUACUGCGCCAGGACGCCCGAUAAGCUUCAUCGGGAAGCGGCGAUCUACCUGAUCUUCCUGUUCGCCUUCAACCGGGUCGAGCGGGCGCAGCUGUGGCUCAAGGAGCUGCAAGGUGUGCUGAGGGGAUGUGAGAAGUGCUCCAGGUGCUUUACCUCGGCGAGGAGACGCUUCGCUACCAAGUACAUGUCCAACUUCCCUCCUGCGGUCCGUACCAAUUUCUUCGCGGCUGUGAACCAGAAGCUGGUGGACUUUAUUAAGGAGGAGUACACUCUCUGCGCCGAGCCACCAGCCAGUGGGACCACCUCUUCAUUGAGUUCGGGUCUCUCGGCGCUCCCGCAGUCGAUCGUGCAGCUCUACCUGGGCGAGCCCACCCUGCUGGCCGAUCCCAAUAUGGCGGCCAUACUCGACUCCACCAUCGACUCGUCGGCCACACCCAUGCAGCCCUCGGUCGUACUUCACGGUCUUACUCCCAUGGUCGUCGAUCUCCUAUCUUCAUCAUCAGCUGUCAGGCGGACAUGGGCUCGCGCUCAGCUACCGGCUCUGGCUCGGCAGCCAUUGAGCUUUGACGAGUGGUGUAAUCUGGGAAUAGGCGUUCAGCUACAGGCGAUGUAUAGCGGGGGAGGAGGACUAGGAGGGAAGGAGAAGUGGGAUGUGCUGUCGACGAUCGUGGCGAAGGGGCUGUUGAAUCAGGAUACGGUGGCUCGUGGCAUUUUGGACGGACGGAAUAGCGUGGAAGAGGGUGCGCGGAACGGGAAGAGCUUGAUGGCGGUUCUGGCCCCUUCAUUAGGUACUCCAGAUGACGAAUUCCCUGCUGUUCUCGCCUGCCUCAUUGCUCUCCUCCACAAAAGCCCUACGCAUCACAUAUGGACAUUCGACACUUCCGCCGAACUACCACAUACCCUCUUCUCGGACAUCAAAAACAACGAGUCGUUCCAGAAUCUCCUCGAAGCCAACUACGGCCCCAGCUCGGACCCGGCGCUGGCUACCGAUGUACUCUCGUGGAUGUCCGACUACCUCGUAUCGCUCACGGACCCCUCGCCCCGGUCAGGGCAGUCGGAAAGUUCAGAAGCAGCCUCGGGCUUCGGAGAAGCAUUGGCGAAAGUUACCAGCUUCUGCUUCUCGGAGAUGCAGCAUACGCGUCUGGAUGCGGGCGUCCGUGCGGCUGUGGCGCAAGCGGGGAUCAAUUCGCUCAUUGCGCUUCAGCAAACCGUGGGGCGAGAUCAUACCCUAUCCAGCCAUCUCUCCUCAUCCCUUGACAUUCACGCCUCCGUCAUCUCCAGCAUCGCCCUGCGCCCAAAAGAUCACCCUAGCGCAGCUUGGCAGGCAGCACGAGUCGCCGCGCGUUCCCUUCUCCAGGUCUUCCUCUCCGUCGACGGCAAGGAGAUCGCCGAAAGCGCUACAGGACUCGCAACGGUGGCAUACGAGGAGCGGGCCAGACUGCGGAAGAUCAAGUCAAAGAGACCGGCCGGGCCUCCCGUCAAGGUGGACAAGCUACGUCGCGCGACCAUCCGGCGCGAGCUGUGGACCAUGGCGUUCAAUUCGGUCCUCCCGAAUGAUCCGUCGGGUGUCGCCAUCCUCAUGUCGGCUCUCGCGCCAUCCUCACAUAUCGAGUUGCUCGACCGGCAGAACGCCUGGAAGGGCGACGACCUGGUCCAAUCCAUCAGCCGGGAUGACUGGGUCGACGGGGUCCGAGCGGUGAACGCUGGGGUCCAGGCGACCCGAAGCCACUUCUCUCAGGCCAUCGAGUCGUUUGCUUUGCAACCGGACAACCUCCUACUCCGAUCCCUCUGGGAACUUCCCGGCGUCCCCAAAGUAGGAACUAUCCUCCUCCUCUCCCCCGCCGACAACAUCCAUGAUCCCCUCCUUAGCCUCAUCUCCCAAUCCUUCGAAGCGGACGAGCGGGGCGACUGCUUUCGCGUCCUCCUCACUCGGUACCCUGACCAGGCGGUCGAUGGUCUCUGCGAUUUCCUAUCCAGCUUCAUCAGCAUCGCUCGGCACUCGCCCGAGUCCUGCUCGUUAGCCAAAUGGCUCGUACGGUGCUUUACAGACAUCCUUGAUGCCUUAUGUCAACCAACCGACAAUGGCGAACCCCUCCUCAACUCGACCGACUUCUUGUCUACCUACUCCAACAGCCUGAGCAUGGCAAAUCGCCUUCGCCAGCUCUGGCAUCUCAUGACCACAUCGCUGGCAGUCAUCUUCAAGCGGACCCAGGCGUGGGCACCGCUGUUCGAGAACGACGUCAUGAUCGACUGGAUGCGGGACGCCAUCAUUUUCGGUCGGCAGAUGACGGAGCAUACUCGGAUGUUUGAGGCGGCAGUACUGGGGCAGUCGGGAUCUACCUUUGUGGGCGGGGUGAGCGAGAGCCCGCUCAAAGUGACUAGGGCAGGGAAGGAUCUGGUCAGCAAGCUGCAUCUUGUGCUUGUCGACCUAGUCUCAUGGCUCCGCUUGACCGAUGUCGAGACCCUUCACCAAACCUUCGAGCUCCUGAAGGACAUCCUCGAGCGGAUCAGCAAGACUGAGCCGGAUCUCGCAAAGGCGCCAGAGCUCGAGAAGGCGUUACUGGAGCUGGACAAGUUCUGCCGGAAAGCCACGAAGAGCUACACCAGUCGGCUGUCGGACGACUUGCUGUCGGAGCUUUCGGAGCUGCUUGCACCCUUCAACCUUCCCGUCAGCGAUGACGAGGAGCGCUUGCUCAGAGGUGUGGGCAACAUCUCGAUACCAACAUCUGCGGGCUCUUCAUCGGCGCCAGAGAUGCUCCCACCCAAAUCCACGGUCCGCGAGAAGCCAAAGCCGGUGGGCCGCAAUGCCUUUGAGGAGAUGAUGAAGGGAGCCAAGGGCGGAAAGCCGUCAUCGAGCCUCUCCAAAUCCUCCACCCCUUCCCGCCCCUUGGCUCCCUCCAGCAAGGGCUCUUCGUCGAAGCCCAUCAGCAUCGACGACUUCGACGAGGAUGACGACUUCUUGUCCAACCUCUCGUCCAAGGACCUAGACAUCAUUGAGAAGCGGGCGCAGACGGCGGUCUCCACCGGGAAGCCUAUCGCUGGCCACUCUGCCCGCCCACCUGUACCCAAACCUACCGUUCCGGCGCGUCCACAGUCGAAGCUCAACGUCAACGUCGUGCCCAAACCUUCCGCUCCGAGCGGAAAGACUGGCUACAAGACCGCCUUUAUGAAGGAUCUUCGCAAGGAGCACUCUAUGGCGGAGCGCAAUCGGGUGCCCGUCGGCGGGGUUACGCCCCGCCUACCAGGAGCGUCCAGUGCCGGGACGGGACUCGGCGCGUAUCAGCCGGUCAAGCCAAAGACGGCGGUCAAGGUGGAUUCGGGCUCGAGCGCCAGCGAGUCGUCGGACGAGGAUGAUCGAGGCGGACUCAGCCAGCUCAUCAAAAAGCAAAAGUCGCCGCUCAAACCCGCUAAGACGGUCAACGCUCCUCGGACUAUCCGGAUCCUCAACAACCCAGAGCUCGACGCGCUUCGGAGGCGGGAGGAUGACCGGGCUCGCAAGGCUCGGAUGAAGGCUCGGCUGAAGCCUGAUCUCAACCCCUUAUAUCGCUACGUCCUCGGCUGGAACCCCUCCCAUACCGGCCAGGACGUCCCGCACAGCGAGGCUACUCGCCGGAUCCUCCACCCGCCUACCAUGGUGCCGAACGCGUUCCCUUCAGCGCAACGAUACGAGCAGGUCAUGCUGCCCAUGUACUUGCAGGAGCUGUGGCAGCAGGCUCUCAAGGGAGAGGGACAUACAGCUCCUCUGGUCAUCGAGGUGACAUCCCGUUCGUACGAGGACGACUUCCUCGAUCUCGAGGUGGCGGUGGCGGGGCAGAUGCCUGAGCGGUUCUCCCUGAACGAGUCGGACGUUGUCGUACUGGUCCAGGGUGGGAACCCGAACAAGGUGUUUGCCAAGGUGCAGGGGUACAGACGGCGAUUCAAGGAUGCCGGAAUUAAGCUGCGGAUCCUGCAGUCGAUGGAUCAGAAGGAUCUCGGAGGGAAGAAUAAGUGGUUCUUGCAUAAGCACCUCUCGCUAAGCACAGCACUUCGGGAGUUUGCAGCUCUGCGAGGUCUGCCAUACUACGAGCCCGAGAUUCUGCGGGAUAUUCUGGCCGGGCGUAGCGCUCAGCUUCCGCGACUGUCCGAAUCCGACAUCCGCAAGGCGAUGACCGCGUAUGAGGUCAACGAGCCGCAAGCUAAGGCUAUUCUGGGCGCGACCAGUGUCGAUGGCUUUGCGUUGAUUCAGGGACCUCCGGGUACCGGCAAGACCAAGACAAUCAGCGGUCUCGUCGGCAAGUGGAUAUCAGAACGGCCAAACAUGAUCGCCAUCUCUGGCGAAAAGGUCAAAAAGUCCAAACUCUUGGUCUGCGCGCCGAGUAACGCCGCUAUCGACGAGGUGUGCAAGCGCCUCAUGAAUGGCGUCCCGACGAGCAACGGCGGGCGCACCCAGCCCAACCUCGUCCGUAUCGGCAUGGACUCGUCUGUCAACGACGCCGUCAAGGAUCGGUCGCUCGAUAACCUCGUCGAAGCUCGAGUCAGCAGCGGGAUGGCCGGUAAAGCGGGCGGAGGAGGCGAAUAUGGGCGCCUCACAGCGGAGCUGGACGAGGUCAAGGAGUUGAUCAAGACCAAGCAGGAGCAACUGCACAAGAUCUCGCAGAACGACGAGGGUCGGCGGCUCGUCGAAAACGAGUUCCACAGUCUCGUCACUCGGCGUACCCAACUCGGUCAGGCUGCCUCAAAAGCCAAGGAUGCUGCUCGGGAUGCUACAAGGCAUCUCGAGGGUGCUCGAAGGGCAGCCAAGGAGGCGAUUCUGGACGAGGCGGAUAUCGUCUGCGCUACCCUGUCGGGAUCCGGACAAGAUGUGCUGGCGGCGUACGAGUUUGAGACGGUGAUCAUUGACGAGGCGGCCCAAGCGAUUGAGAUGAGCUGUCUUAUCCCGCUCAAAUAUGGGUGUAAGCGGUGCAUCAUGGUUGGAGAUCCUAAUCAGCUACCUCCUACCACCUUCAGCACGGACGCCGAGCGCUUCCGCUACAACGAGAGUCUGUUUGUCAGAAUGGCCCGAGUCAAUGCGCAGAACAUGCACCUCCUGAGUAUUCAAUAUCGGAUGCACCCCUUCAUCUCCGAACUCCCCUCCAAGGUCUUCUAUCAGUCCCACCUCAAAGACGGCCCCGAUAUGGCCCAAAAGACAGCUGCCAUCUGGCACAGCCGCCACAUCUUUGGUCCCUACCGCUUUUUCAACGUCAACGGUGUCGAGAGCAGGGCGGGCACGUCGACCAAGAACGCGGACGAGGCGAGCACCGCUGUCAGCCUGUACCGUCGUCUCGAGGAGGAUUUUGGGUCGAAGAUCGACUUGGCAAUGCGAAUCGGCGUGAUCACCAUGUACAAGGAGCAGCUGUUCGAGUUGAAGCGGGCAUUCAACGCAGCAUUUGGCGCGGCCAUCCUCCAGCUCAUCGAGUUCAACACUGUCGACGGAUUCCAAGGCCAAGAGAAGGACAUCAUCAUACUCUCCACCGUCCGAUCCGGGCCGAAUCUCAACAGCAUCGGUUUCUUGAGGGACGCCAGGCGAAUGAAUGUUGCUUUGACUCGAGCAAAGAGCUCUCUCUUUGUCAUCGGGAAUGCGGCUACGCUGGAGCGGGGAGAUGAGAGAUGGAAGACCAUCGUGCAGGAUGCAAGGGAGAGAGGCUUUGUGGUCGACGUAAGCCUUUCCUACUCUGAUGUGGUGACGGCGACUGAUCUCCAGGUGACACCCUCCACCUUCGCUGCAGGGGCAGUAGUACCCUCGGUUGCGGUAGAGAAGAAGGUGAAGAAGGAGCACCCUCCCACUCCCGAUCGGAAAUCGCGCGUAUCGAGUGCCAACACCGCGCCUCCCGCGUCCGUUACCGCCGUCGCCUCCCCGCUCAAGCGCAAGCCCAGCGAGACGUCUUUGCGCGAUACCAAAAAGCCAAAGGUCGAGGUCAAACCAAAGCCAAAGCCCACUAAUGGCGCCAACUCGGAUACCUCCACCUCAUCCUCUUCCAGCUAUUCGUCUGGCAACGCUCCCUCGGCCAAGAAGGCCAAACCGGCCAAGCCGGAACCCAAACCACCGACUACUUCUCGUCCCAUCCCCCAGGGUCCCGGCGUACCGACUGCUCUGCCACCUCCUCCGCCACCAGAUCAAAAGUCACUGGCCUUUAUCAAGAAGAAGAAGGUGAGUCAGCACACAAGCUUAGCUUACAUCCAGAAACGACCACUCCCAAAUGGCGAUAGCAACAUCGUCCAGCCACCACCGGUACCUGCGGGAACCGCACGACAACAACUGAACGACAUAUACCGCGGCCCAGGCCGACGACCAUGA